AAGCUUGAAGUCUGAAAACAUCAAUGACAAAUGCGCAGGCUGCAGCAAUAUCCAAACGUGAAGCGGCUUUAGUGUCGGCUAUGACUAAUUUGUACUUUGCUGCACAACAUACUCUCGCAUCAUCGCUGGUUCCAGACCUGAACAGAUUGUGUGUCUUGCAGGGUGCAACCCAGCACAAUGACCUUCGAGUUGACAGCAACACGUCAUAUGAACACAGCUCCAGUGUGUCGGAAUUUCAAAACUGUAUGGCAGACGUUCUGAGGAGUGAUCUUCUCCAGAAGAUACAGACAUCAUGCAAGUACAGUACCUUGAUCGAUGAGAGUACAGACAUUUCAGUGAAGCGAAAUUUAGAGACCUAUGUUAGACUUUUGGAAACUGAUGAGUUUUGAAUGGCUUUGCCACAUUCUUACUUUUUAGGUGUGGCUGAACUUCAAAGAGCAAAUGCAGAGAGCAUAUAUGAGAAUGUAGUUAAUUUUUCUUGGUAGAAAGGGAAUCGACAUUCAACAUCUCUGAGAAAUUCUAUUAAAAUUGAAAACUUUAAGAACUUGUUGAAUUUGUCCAUAGGCAGCCCACCAAUGGACAAGUUUGAUUUCAAGAUUUGGGCUGGAUUGAAGUUGAGGCGGAUUAUGGCCUGCUAAAAUGUAUUUUCAGGAUAUCAUGUUCUCAUGUAAUGUAAAUUUAUCAUGUGCUUAUUUUAUGAACAUGUGCUUGAGUUAUGUGUGUAUAUCUAUACAUGUUUUGUUGUACUUUUGUUAUGCCUCGCCAAAGGCGGUGGGAUAUUGUUUUGGCGUUGUCCGUCCGUCCGGCACUUUUGCGUCCGGAGCCAUAUCUUAAAAGUGCUUUGGCCGAUUUCAUUGAAACUUGGUAUGAGUAUAUAUAUAUAUGAAUAAGACGAUGAUGCACGCUAAAUGGCAUUGAACACCAUUUGUUAAUAACGGAGUUAUGGUCCUUUGUAUCUUGAAAAAAUGCUUACAUCUGUGACAAAGGUCUAGUUUGGCGGGGGAUAUCAAUUCAACGAAUUUGCUUGUUUUUUAUGUUAUGCACACAUGAUGUGGAUUAUGGCCUUCUGCUAAAAUGUAUGUUCAUGAUAUCAUGUGUCCAUGUAAUGUAAAUUUAUUAUAUGCUUAUGUU